GCGGGCUAGCCCCAUCGCCCGCAACAGCUGAUCGUGUAAACAAAGCCCGAAGGAGAGGCAGGAGAGUGUCACGUGUCCAUUAGUUUUCUCGUAAUGUUUGACAGCGCCGCAGAAAGUGGGGAUUCAGAGGAUGAGUGGUUCUUUCAGUCCAUUCGGAGAUAUGAAGACCUCCUGAUGUAUGAUGUUCAAGGAGUUAUCUCUUCUGCCGUUUUCCGUAAUGAUAACAGACUCCUCUUGGCUUCCUCCAGAGAACAUACCCAUGAGGUGUGGGAACUGAGUGUCCCAGAAAAGCUCACAGCGGGUCCUGAUGCUGGCCUCACGAAGGAUAGAGACUUCAAACAGAUUACUGCUGGUUAUACUCCAGACCGGACAAAGGAGAUGUUGGUCAUCAAUUCAAAAGUUGUCUUAUCUGGUCCAAAGAGUGUGUGUAUGUACAAUAUCCCAAGUUUCAGUGACCCAACAGAUGUCAUGAGUCACAUAUGUGAUAUUAGAAAUGAUACUGGAGAUGCUACCUUGGCACAAUCAGAAUCCUGUAUAUACUCAGCAACAGAUGUGACUAAUCUCACAGACUUCAACUUCAAUACAAACAAGGUAUCCCAGCUGUCUUCACUUCCAAGCCAGAUAAGCCGUAAAGGCAGUGACGAUGCUUUGAAAAUUAGCAGCAUUGUGUAUCGAUCUGGAAAACUAUACAUAGGCCUGAGUGAAAGAGGGAUCACCUAUGUGUAUGAACUUGGGACAGGAAAGGUGAUACAGGAAAUCACAGCUUCUGAUACUUUAUCUGGAUUUUGGAAAAUUGAUAUUAGCCAGGAUGAAAAAUUUGUCGCUUUUGCCAAUUCAAAUGGCAGAGUGAAUGUUUAUGAUACUAGAAAAUUAAGCGAAGCAGUGUUUGAGGAAAAGAAAGAAGUACAAGAUCAGACUAAAAGUAAUCAUCAGAUACAUUUCAGUCCAGAAGGGAAUUUACUUUCAUUAUCAGGCUACAGUAAACUUGUUGAAGUAUUUGAUGUGUCUGAUCACAGUGAUAGGACAGAGGUAUUCUGUCAUGACGGACAUCGUGAUGAACAAAUAAGCACUAUACUAACUCACCUUUGGCAUCCGUCUCAAAACAAGCUUGUCUUUUCUGCUGAUGAUAUGGGUACACUACAGGCUUGGCGCUUUAAGUGAUCUUAAAUGAUUUUUUAGAAAGAUUUUCUGAAAACUAUUUUUAUAUAUGCAUUUAUUAUGUCUGACAGCCUUUUAGAAAUAUAUCUGAAAGCUUCCAGA